AUGCAGUGGCCCGUCUCUGUCUCUGCAGAGUAUGCAGACAAACCCUUGGAGAAGCCCCUGAAGCUGGUUCUCAAGGUUGGAGGAAGUGAAGUGACUGAACUCUCGGGAUCCGGCCACGAUUCCAGUUACUACGAUGACAGGUCAGACCAUGAGCGAGAGAGGCACAAAGAAAAGAAGAAGAAAAAGAAGAAAAAGGCAGAGAAGGAGAAAUACCUGGACGAUGACGAAAGAAGGAAACGGAAGGAAGAGAAGAAGCGGAAACGGGAAAAGGAACACUGCGACACGGAGGGAGAGGCUGAUGACUUUGAUCCUGGGAAGAAGGUAGAGGUGGAGCCACCUCCCGAUCGGCCAGUCCGAGCGUGCCGGACACAGCCAGCUGAAAAUGAGAGCACGCCUAUUCAGCAACUACUAGAACAUUUCCUCCGCCAGCUCCAGAGAAAAGAUCCUCAUGGGUUUUUUGCUUUUCCUGUCACGGAUGCAAUUGCUCCUGGAUACUCAAUGAUAAUAAAACAUCCAAUGGAUUUUGGCACAAUGAAAGACAAAAUCAUGGCUAAUGAAUACAAAUCAGUCACGGAAUUUAAGGCAGAUUUCAAACUGAUGUGUGAUAAUGCAAUGACAUACAACAGACCAGACACUGUGUACUACAAGUUAGCUAAGAAGAUCCUUCACGCAGGCUUUAAGAUGAUGAGCAAAGAGCGGCUGUUAGCUUUGAAGCGCAGCAUGUCGUUUAUGCAGGACAUGGAUUUUUCUCAGCAGGCAGCUCUUCUGGGCAACGAAGACACAGCUGUUGAGGAACCAGUUCCCGAAGUUGUACCUGUACAAGUAGAAACGGCUAAGAAAUCCAAAAGGCCGAGUAGAGAAGUCAUCAGCUGCAUGUUUGAGCCAGAAGGAAAUGCUUGCAGCUUGACUGACAGCACAGCAGAAGAACAUGUGCUGGCCUUGGUGGAGCACGCAGCAGAUGAGGCUCGGGACAGGAUCAACCGACUCCUUCCAGGUGGCAAGAUGGGCUACCUGAAGAAGAGCGGAGAUGGGAACCUGCUCUACAGCGUGGUCAACGCGGCUGAGCCCGAUGCCGACGAGGAGGAGACCCACCCGGUGGACCUGAGCUCCCUCUCCAGCAAGCUGCUCCCCGGUUUCAGCUUCACCACUCUGGGCUUCAAAGAUGAGAGAAGAAGCAAAGUCACGUUUCUCUCAAGUGCCAGUACUGCACUUUCAAUGCAUAAUAAUUCUGUAUUUGGAGACUUGAAAUCAGACGAAAUGGAGCUUCUGUAUUCUGCCUAUGGAGAUGAGACGGGUGUGCAGUGUGCGCUGAGCCUGCAGGAGUUUGUGAAGGAUGCUGGGAGCUACAGCAAGAGAAUGGUGGAUGACCUUCUGGACCAGAUCACAGGCGGAGACCACUCCCGCAUGCUCUUCCAGCUGAGGCAGAGGAGAAAUGUCGCGAUGAAGCCAUCAGAUGAAGUAAAGACUGGGGACUCCCUAGGAGAUGGUGGCUCUGUGCUGGAUUUCAUGUCAAUGAAGUCGUAUUCUGACGUCUCUUUGGACAUCUCCAUGCUCAGCUCUCUGGGGAAAGUGAAGAAGGAGCUGGACCAUGAUGACAGCCAUCUGAACUUGGACGAGACGACAAAGCUCCUACAGGAUCUGCAUGAGGCACAAGCAGAGCGUGGGGGCUCCCGGCCAUCAUCCAACCUCAGCUCCCUGUCUAACACCUCUGACAGGGAUCAGCACCACCUGGGAAGCCCUUCUCGCCUCAGUGUCGGUGAGCAGCCAGAAGUGACACAUGACCCGUACGAAUUUCUUCAGUCUCCAGAACCUGCAGCCUCUACAAAGAGCUAGCCUUGUAGAUAGUCAUUAAUUGUUUUUCUUUGUUUUGUUUUUAUUUUGUUUUGUUUUUAUUUGCAUGUACAGAGUUUUUGUUGUGAGACAAAGACUAUCAUGUUCCCUUGGGCCUGCAGGAAGCAGCGCAGGGAGGGGGUGAAUUGUCUCUGAUCAUGUUGGCCGCACAUGGACCCAGUGUUUCUGUAGAUAGUCCUGUGAACCUGAAUAGUGGGAACCCUAAAUAAAGGGGGUGUAAAGCUGG